AUGGUUUAUGAGUUCAUUCUCGACGAGACAUUGAUUUUAGGUAGCAGAAGAGCUUUACCAAUCUGGUAUAAACUGGAUGUUGUGAGUGCUGGAAAGAAUUUUACACAGAUCAGGAAGGCAAUUACGGCGGGAUUUUUCUUCCAUGAUGCUAGAAAGGACCCUCAGGAGGGGUAUAGAACCUUAGUGGAGAACCAGCCAGUUUAUAUCCAUCCAAGCAGUGCGCUCUUCCAGAGACAACCAGAUUGGAUCAUCUACCAUGAGUUGGUUAUGACUACGAAGGAGUAUAUGCGUGAGGUAACCGUCAUUGAUCCCAAAUGGCUUGUGGAACUAGCACCCAGAUACCGUCGCUAUAUGACAGAUACCAUGAACCAAACUCUUGGCGUAUCCAUUUUGGGGUCGAAGAAGAAAUCACAGCUCUAG